CCAUAGACACUACCCGCCUUGUUUCCUUUCCCCUCUCGUGUUUUCUCGGGAAAGAAAAACCAGGAAAUUUUUACAAGCUAGCUCGAAUUUCAGUUAAAACCACCAGAGAGAGACAGUGUCAAAAAAUUUCAAUUUUAUUUUAUUUAUUUUCCAAUUUCUAUUAUUUUCGUUAAUUAAUUUCGCAAUCCCGCGCAAUUUUUCUCUCCUUCUCCAUCUAGGGCUUAUACUCAACUUUCUCCCAAUUUUCAAUUUCGUCUUUCUCUAUGUCACCCUAAUUCUCGAAAUAGCGGUUUCAGAAUAUUCGGUUACGAUGAACGAUGAGAAGAAGCCUUCAUCGUCGUUCGUGAAAAUAGGCGACCGGCAAUUGUUUACGGUGGAGCUCCGGCCGGGAGAGACCACCAUAGUAUCAUGGAAGAAGCUGUUGAAAGACGCCGCCAAGUCGAACGGAUCCGCUUCCACAUCUCAACACUCCCGGCCGGAGGCUUUUCCGGGGCAACCUGUUGAGGUUGAGGAAAAUGAUGAAGCUCAGCCACACCGUUUCAGUGCUGUGAUAGAGAAGAUUGAACGCCUUUACAUGGGUAAGGAUAGCAGUGAUGAUGAGGAUCUGCCUGAUGUUCCUGAUGAUGAUCAGUAUGAUACUGAAGAUUCUUUUAUAGACGACGCUGAGCUGGAUGAAUAUUUUCAGGUUGAUCAUUCCAAAGUCAAACAUGACGGAUUCUUUGUAAAUAGGGGGAAAUUGGAACGCACUGAUGAACCUCCUGUAAUACCCAACCAACAACCAAAGAAAAGGCGCAGAAAAGAUAUAGUGAAGAAUCCAGGUGAAAAUAUUAAUGACCAUGGAUCAAAUAAACAUAUAAAAGUGGGCAAGGCAGCAUCUGGGAAAACAACUUCCCUACAGGCAAGGAAUGUGUGUAAUUCCUCACAGAAUUUGGCUGUACCCAAUGAAGACUAUGAAGACUUGAAAAUUCAUAAUCAAUCAGAUAUCUAUGGAGUUAGUUCCAAAAAGAAAAUUGCUGAUACUAAACCCAUAUUAGUCUCUGCUGUCUCUUUGAAAACAUCGAGUGAUGAUGUCCCUGCUGCCAUGUCAGAAGUCAAAGAUGCUGAUAAGAAGAUAGGAACUUUUCAAUCUAAGAACACAAGUGAAUCAUUUGACAUAUCUCAUCAAAAGUACCAUGAGAAAGGUGCUUAUGUACAAUCCAAAUCCCAACCUGGAAGACCCUCGAAGAGUAUUGAUAAUUUAGAAAAUAGCGGUCGGUUGAAAGAAAGAAAUGGUAUGCGUCAACUUCCGGAUCUUAACCUGUCUGUGGGAAAGUCUGCUACUAAAGCAGUCAAAUCUGAAUACAUGCACAGGAAAGAUGGGUCUAGUGCUAGGCCAAAAUCUUCAAUGCUUGAGAAGACUCUGUGCGAGUUAGAGAAAAUGGUUGCGGAGUCAAGGCCCCCUGCAGCGGACCAGGAGGCCGAUAAUACAUCCCAGGCAGUCAAAAGGAGGUUGCCUAGGGAAAUAAAGCUAAAGCUUGCUAAAGUGGCUAGACUAGCGGCCAGCCAUGGGAAAGUAUCAAAAGAGUUGAUUAACCGCCUUAUGAGUAUUCUUGGGCACUUAAUGCAACUCAGAACAUUAAAGAGAAACUUAAAAAUAAUGAUCAAUAUGGGCCUGUCAGCAAAGCAGGAUGAUGAUGAUAGGUUUCAACGGAUAAAAAAGGAAGUUGUUGAUAUGAUUAAGAUGCAGGCCCCAGCUUUGGAGUCCAAGCGUCAGCAACAGCAGAAAGCUGGAGCAUCGGGUGAUGUUCAAGAAUUUGGUCCUGAUGGAAAAGCAAUAACUAAAAGGAGUGUUAGUAUGGACGCCGCUUUGGAGGACAAGAUUUGUGAUCUCUAUGAUAUUUUUGUUGAUGGCUUGGAUGAAAAUGCAGGUCCGCAGAUCAGAAAGUUAUAUGCUGAGCUUGCAGAAUUAUGGCCAACUGGUUGCAUGGACAACCAUGGGAUCAAACGUGGAAUUUGCAGGGCAAAAGAGAGGCGCAGAGCAUCGUACACAAAAAAUAAGGAUCAGGAAAAAAUGAAGAGGAAGAAGUUGCUGGCAUCAAGGCAGGAGGAUAGCGUUCAACUUGAUACUGGCUCAAUUACAUCACAGCAGACCCAACAAGAGAAAUUAGCUCCAGAAUCAACCAGUUAUGCUUUUGCUACAACAAACAAGCCCGUAUCUAAUACGAGCACAGCUGUCCAUGUCCCCAGUCCUAUGAAUGGUGUAAAGCCAGAAAAAACAAAGGGAAGUUCAAGCAGUUCCCUGGACGAUGUCCGUGUUGCUGAUGGCGUAAUGACAAAGAAGCUGAAGAGAAAGCCAGAACUUGAGUUGGAAGGAGCAAAUUGUGGGCCUGAGAAGCAGGUUCCUUUGCAGGGAGAAGAAAGACCCAGGGCCCAGAAGCAGUCUUCCGGUCUUCCCACCAAAUCAAAUCUUCAGCCAACAUCCAUCCCAGGUCUUGAACUGUCAAGCUAACAAAUAUGAGUGGGAUGUCCACAACAGAAUGUCUGUCAAGAUUUUUUUUUAUCAGUAAUUUCCCCAUCCUCUCUUUUGUCUAUGGAUUUGUUUCCUGCUUACUGUUACUGUUUUUGUAAGUAAAUGUCCUUCAAGUGUUAGUAGUUAGUCAAGAGUUAGGCAGGCAAGUAGAUUUGUUAGUUGUUAUUAGUCAAGUUUAAUGGUCUUUACGCUGCUUCUCUAUGGAUGAUAGCACCAUCCAUCUAUCACAACCACUAGAUAUAAUGUUACUUAAUUGAACGAGUAUGUUUUAUUUAUUUAUUUACUGGAACGAGUAUGGUUAUUCA